AUCAAUAUCAAUAUCAAAAUCUUUCUUCUCUUACUUACCUUACCAUCAUUCUCAACGUUUUCAGUUUUCACUAACCGGAGUGGAGAUAACUCAAAACCUCAAUUCCCAUAAAUCCCGAAUUUGAAUCCCAAAGCCAAGAAAACUUUUAAGAAUUUGAAAAUUCCAAUUCUUGAAAUUCCAUUAUCCAAAAACGAUGCUCUGACCAACGAUUUUUCUCAUUUAAAUCCCGAAACUUGUUUUCCGUUUGGGGAGGUUUUCAAAUGGGUCUCUGUACUUCAAAACCUUCCCCAAACUCUGGCUUUCCUUCUCCCAAAUCCGAUCUUAAACUCACCGGGAAUAGCUCUAUUCCCACUCAUGAUAGCUCUGUUCCGGCCAAGGAUGGAGUUGCUCCUCCAGUGAGUUCCGUCAGUGGCGACGGGGGGGUUAGUGUUGAGCAGGCGAAAGAGGUUCAGAACGGGAAGAAGUCUCCCUUCUUUUCGUUUUACAGUCCCAGUCCGGCUCAUUACUUGUUCUCUAAGAAGUCUCCGGCGAGAUCUCCGGCGAAUGCGGGUUCGAUCUCCUCCACACCUAAGCGGUUCUUCAAGAGACCGUUCCCACCACCCUCGCCGGCGAAGCAUAUUAAGGCCGUGCUGCGGAGGCGGCAUGGGUCGGUGAAGCCGAACGAGGCUGCGAUACCGGAAGGGAGUGAGGCUGAAGGAAUUACAGGGCUUGAUAAGAGCUUUGGUUUCUCUAAGCAUUUUGGGAGCAAGUAUGAGAUGGGUGAAGAGGUCGGAAGAGGGCAUUUUGGGUAUACUUGUGCUGCUAAGUUUAAAAAGGGUGAGCUCAAAGGCCAGCAGGUUGCCGUUAAAGUGAUUCCGAAAUCAAAGAUGACUACUGCCAUUGCCAUUGAGGACGUGAGAAGGGAAGUCAAGAUAUUGAAAGCUUUAAAUGGGCACAGAAAUCUAGUACAAUUUUAUGAUGCACAUGAGGAUCAUGAUAACGUCUACAUAGUAAUGGAGUUAUGUGAAGGUGGAGAGCUUUUAGAUAGGAUACUCUCAAGGGGAGGGAAGUACACAGAAGAUGACGCAAAGAAAGUCAUGACACAAAUAUUGAACGUUGUUGCAUUUUGCCACCUUCAGGGUGUGGUUCAUCGGGAUCUUAAACCUGAGAAUUUCCUAUUUACGUCAAAGGAUGAAGAUUCAGAAUUGAAGGCCAUAGACUUUGGCUUGUCAGAUUUUGUCAAACCAGAUGAAAGGCUCAAUGACAUUGUUGGUAGUGCAUAUUAUGUAGCUCCUGAAGUUCUACAUAGAGCCUACAGCACAGAGGCUGAUGUUUGGAGUGUAGGUGUGAUUGCAUACAUUCUCUUAUGUGGUAGCAGGCCAUUUUGGGCCCGAACGGAAUCUGGGAUAUUUCGUACUGUUCUAAAAGCUGAUCCAGGAUUUGAUGAAGACCCAUGGCCCUCUCUAUCUGCUGAGGGAAAAGACUUUGUCAAGCGCCUGCUGAUCAAGGAUCCACGAAAAAGAAUGAGUGCCGCUCAAGCACUAUGUCACCCAUGGCUGAAAAAUGACAGUGGUGCCAAUGUUCCUUUGGAUAUACUCAUUUUCAAACUCAUGAAGGUUUACUUGCGUUCUUCAUCUCUCCGGAAAGCUGCUUUAAGGGCACUGUCCAAAACAUUGACUGUGGAUGAGCUCCACUAUAUUGAAGAGCAGUUUGCUUUAUUGGAACCAAACAAAAAUGGCACAAUAAGCUUAGAGAAUAUUAAAGUGGCCUUAAUGAAAAGUGCAACUGAUGCCAUGAAGGAUUCACAUGUUCUUGAUGUUGUAGCAUCGUUCAAUGCGCUGCAAUAUAGAAGGAUGGACUUUGAGGAGUUUUGCGCAGCUACAGUAAGCGUCCAUCAGCUUGAGGUUCUUGACCGGUGGGAGCAACAUGCUCGAUGUGCUUAUGAACUAUUUGAAAAAGAAGGAAACAGGGCUAUUGUUAUUGAUGAGCUUGCUUCGGAACUCGGUCUUGGCCCAGCCGUUCCAGUACAUGCCGUUCUUCACGAUUGGAUCAGGCACACGGAUGGAAAGCUAAGCUUCCUUGGUUUUGUUAAAUUAUUACACGGGGUAUCGAUCAGAACGCUUGCAAAAGCAACUCAUUGACAAUUUGCAUGGGGAUUUUGACAUAUAAAAAUUACUGGCGAGAAGAGUUUGAAAUGGCCAUUUCUGAAAUCUUUCUGGCGGAGACUACGAAUCUAUAGGUGCCUACUUUUUUAUCUGUAAUUUCCAGUACAAAUUUGGGUUGGGAGCUACAACCAUGUGCUCCAGGGUGCAAAAAGCCCAGGCGAGUAUUUGUGUUUAUCCUCUGUAAAGUUGUAGUUUAGUAGUAUUUUUAGUUGAAGGUGAGAGUUAUAUAGUUCUUUUUAACUGCUUUACUAGACUAUUACUGCACUUGCUGAUUCAAACCAACUGCUCAGAUGUCUCCACCAUUAUGUUGUAACUUGUAUCAUCUCUCUCUCUCUCUCUCAUGAUAUUUUUUUCCUUCUUUGUUAUAUAUUCCCAUUAUUAUUCA